UGGUCCAUGAGAAAGCACCUCUGGUGAAAGCGAUACUACUAGCAGGUCCAGCUGGCGUUGGAAAGAAAAUGUUGGUCCAUGCCAUCUGCCAGGAAACAGGGGCCAACCUCUUUGACCUCUCCCCUCUAAACCUUGCGGGGAAGUAUCCAGGCAAGAAUGGACUGCAAAUGAUGCUCCACGUGGUUUUCAAGGUUGCUAAGCAGUUGCAUCCUUCAGUUAUUUGGAUUGGAGAUGCUGAGAAGAUGUUUUAUAAGAAGGUCCCCAAAGAGGAAAAGGAGUUAGACCCAAGGCGUCUAAAGAAAGAUCUGCCUAAGAUGCUGAAGUCUAUCAAAGGUGGAGACCGUGUUCUCAUUGUGGGUACAACACAAGACCCAGGGAGUGCAGACCUCAAAUCGCUCUGCAAGGUGUACAGCAAGAUCAUCCUCAUUCCACGACCGGAUUAUGCUUCAAGAUAUGUUAUGUGGAGAGAGCUGAUUAAGAAGGCUGGUGGUGAGGUGACUGACUCAUUGGAUCUGAGCUGUCUGGCCAAAAUCUCAGACGGCUACACUCAGGGUCACAUGGUGCAGGUGGUCCGGGCGAUUCUGACGGAGCACCGCCUCCAGCAGCUGGCCAAAAGACCCCUAACAGCAGCGGAGUUUGUGUCCCCGCUGGCUAAGACUGACCCCAUCUUCCAUGAUGAGGAAGAGGCUCUAAAACACUGGUACGCGAAGACUCCUCUGGGCAAGAAGCGGGCAAAGGCUGCCUCGGAAAAAGAUGAAGAGGAGGCACCAGUUAAAAGUGGGAAAAAGUCAGCGGAAAACACCAAGAAGAAAUAAAGAAAAAGAUUAGGGAAGAAAAUGUCUUCUUUUCAUUAUAUCCUUGAAUGUCACCAAUGUGGUGAAUAUCGGUAAUAGAACAGCAUAGUGGUACAACCUCCUGUCGCUCUGGCAUCAGUCUCUGCACGGCCGCUGUGAUUGCAUGUCCUGAAGUACACACCAUCCACCGAGGCAAGGCUGACUGGAUCCCUCCAAGAAGACGUCUGUUAAGGAUUUUGUAUUUGUGUCCACCGUAUUGCCACCAGUUUACCGCAUAUCUCCACAAUAUAUUUGUGUACCAAUAAAUGUUUGUCUUGCAGCGUCAUAAAUUGUCUCCUCUCCUUUGUGUUAGGGCCUGACCCUAGACGUGGUCAUAACAAUAGAUUAAAGGUAAGGGUCAGUCCA